AUGGCCAUUGUGCGCAGGGCCGUGAACGCCCAGCUUCGGCCGCAGGACGACUUCGAGAUCAACCUCGUGGCCGACUUCGAGGGCGUGACGCAGCACAAGGUUGCCGAGGUCGAGGGCGCCAUGAGCACGGGGAAGCACCACCGCGAGGGCCAGGAGCAGGAGGCGGACGCCGUGGAGACGCAGGCCCUCGCGGCCGCCAAGGAGCGGCGGCUGCUCGAGCUGGACGAGGCGCUCUGGCGGUACCUGGGGUCGGUGCCGCCGAGCGAGGCCGAGCAGGCGGUCGUGGACCGCGCGCCCGUCAUCGGCAGGGGCGAGGAGCUAGCCGAGCAGGAUCGCGAGUGCAGCGCCCACAUCGAGGACAGCGACGAGCGUGCCGUCGCGAACCUGGGCGGCGGGGCGCCGAACCGGUGGGGCAAGGGUGAUGCGCACCACUCCGAGGUGAUGGCGAAGAAGAAUUUCUCCUGGGGCACGCCCAAUUCGCCGGUCAAGGACCACCCACUGUACCCCUCCAUGUGUCUCCUGGCGAUGCGGGAGGUUGUGAACACGAGGCUCUUCUCCAGGGUUCGAGACUCGCUCGGUCUGUCCUACGACUGCUCGUUCGAGCUGUCCAUGCUCAGUCGGCUCGAGGCGGGCUGGUACACCUGCACGGUCAGUUCGCAUCCCUCGCGUAUUCGCGAGGCCGUGUCGGCGGCGAAGGACGUGCUUCAGGGCGUGAUCUCGCGGCCCAUCAGCGAGCUGGAGAUGAGCUCCGCGCGCAGGACGCUCCUGCGCAGGCACGAGACGGACCUGCAGAGCAACGAGCAGUGGAUCUCGCUCCUGUCCUACCUGCAGAGCGAUGCCCCGAAGGACAUCUCGUGCGUGCGGGACAUCGAGACGAUGCUCUCAAAGCUGACGGCCGCCGAUGUGCAGAAUGCCUUCCUGUCCCUGCUCACGGACCGCGACCAGAUCUUCGUCUCGGUCACGACGGCCGGACCUCAGAGCUACGCGGCGGGCGGCGCGGCGUCGGCCGCUGCCCCCCAGGGCGCUGGGGCCACGAAGCAGCUCGUGUCCCUCGACUGA